AUGUCUGUGAUUCAGGUGUCAUACAAAUUUGGAAGUUACAAGGAAAAGCUUGAAUUGAGCAGCGAUUUGAACGAUGCUUUGCAAAAAAGUAUAACACAUUUUAAGCUCAACGAUGACAAUAAAAGCUGGGCACUUUACCAUCGUAACAAGGAAUUGCCCUUAACCGUUCCAUUGCGGUUGUUGAACUUGGCGAAAGGCGCUACUUUAGAGCUGAUAGAGAAGAAAGCGGACAUAAAUGGAAAGAAGCUGAAGAUUAAGUUUUCUGCCCCUGGUUUUGGUACAGAGAUCUGGAAUGGAUUUUCAUCAACGAAACUUUUAGAGGCUAUUCAGGAAAUAUGCAGCCUUAGAUCCUGGACGUUUGUGUCUCAGGAGCUAAAGGUCCAGUGUUUUGCUAAAGUUUGGACUUAUGACCAGAUAUCAAAAUCAACAUUUGCACAACUUGGAAUACUGGAAGAUGUAUCACUGAGGCUUUUGAUUCCAUCAACGGAAGAAAAGCUUGACGCACAACCGCAAAUCUUGGCGAACCACACCCCCGAGUCUAUUAUUGAGAAAGCUGUAACGCCACAGUGUGUCGUCAAUCCCGGUAAAUCCUCUUCGUCUAACACGCAAGAGCACGAUUAUAACGUUUCUGCAUAUAUUCCUGGACCUAAUUCAACUUUAGGGGUCUCAUCGGAUCAAGAAGACGACUUCGAAAUCACCGUCAGUCAAUUUAAAAAGUACCAAAAGAUGCUCUCAAAAACUACUGGCACAAAUCAGCCCUUACUUACCAAAAGACUUCGUGAACAGACUGCCCCAAAGCAGACGAUUGAAAACUGUAAUGUAAGGGUCCGAUUUCCAGACCGCACUUGCAUUGAUAUUGAUUUCAAGCCUGAGGACACCAUCAACUUGGUUUACAAGGCUGUAGCCAAGUGUUUGAGUAAUGGUUCAUCAGCAUUUGUGUUAUCUCACUCGCAUCCAUAUCAAGAGCUUCAAGACGAUGAUUCCAAACUGGUCAUCGACCUCAAUUUCGGAUCUAAAACAUUGCUGGUAUUCCACACCGAGCAGAAGGGCCCGUAUCUCAGACCAGACCUGCUUGAGAAAGCCAAGCCUUUUUCAAGUACAAAAUUAGCAGAAGACGCUCACUCAGAACCUUCAAGUAGUCCAGUGCCUAAUAAAGGUGAAGAUAAGCCUUCCAAGGGCCUACGGGCGGGCCAUACUCCUAAGUGGCUAAAGUUGGGGAAAAAGUAG